GAGCCGCCCGCCGCGGCGCGGAGGAGCCUUGGAGGAGCGGGCCGGGAGCUGAGGGGGGCGGAGGAGGCGGAGGCGCCGAUGGAGCGGGCGCUGGGGCUGCCCGCGGAAGAGGACCUCUUCCACAAGAGCCUCGCCGCCUCGGCCAAGCGCAUGGAGUCCGCCUUCCGCUCGCCCCCGGGGCUCGACCUCUCCCACCCGCGCGACCGCCAGCCCUCGCCGCUCGCCUGCUACGAAGCGCCGGAGCCCGAGGCACUGCUGCAGCCCGGCGUCGGCGGGGACCCGCUGGCGCUGCCGCCGGGCUCCGUCUGCGUCAAGUACGGCGAGAGCGCCAGCCGCAGCUCGGUGGCCGAGAGCAGCGGCGGCGAGCAGAGCCCCGACGACGACAGCGACGGCCGCUGCGAGCUGCUGCUGCGCGGCGCCGGGGGGGACCCGCGCGACGCUUCGCCGGCGGCGGGCGGCGGCGGCGGCGGCGGCCCGGGAGGAGGGGGGGGCGGGGGGCUGAAGGCGGCCGAGGGAGGCUGCUCCAACGGGCACGGGCACGGCGGCAGCAAGAAGUCCAAGGAGCAGAAGGCGCUGCGCCUCAACAUCAACGCGCGGGAGCGGCGGCGGAUGCACGACCUGAACGACGCGCUGGACGAGCUGCGGGCCGUCAUCCCCUACGCGCACAGCCCCUCGGUGCGGAAGCUCUCCAAGAUCGCCACGCUGCUGCUGGCCAAGAACUACAUCCUCAUGCAGGCGCAGGCCCUGGAGGAGAUGCGGCGCCUCGUGGCUUAUCUCAACCAGGGCCAGGCCAUCUCGGCCGCCUCCCUGCCCAGCUCCGCCGCGGCGGCGGCGGCGGCGGCGGCCGCGCUGCACCCCGCCCUCGGCGCCUACGAGCAGGCGGCGGGGUACCCGUUCAGCGCCGGGCUGCCUCCCGCCACCUCCUGCCCGGAGAAAUGUGCCAUCUUCAACAGCGUCUCCUCCAGUCUCUGCAAACAGUGCACGGAGAAGCCUUAAGCCGCGCCGACCCCCGCCGCCGCCUCCUCCUCCGCCGCGGCCCCGGGGAGAUGAGAGGGAAGGGAAGGGUGCCGGGGGGCCGCGGCCGGACC